CCCGCGUAGUGACGUCAUACAAGCGAGCCCAAAAACAUCCCUUCAAACAGGCGUCAGUCAGCAAAUUCAUGGAAUCCGUUUGCAGGAACGGGUCAAAAUUUCCGCAUCUACAGCAAGACGAGCUUUUUGGAGUCUUAUAGCGCUCUUCUUGCUGUAAUAAGUUGAACAAUUUCCCCAAACUUUGCCGACAGCCGCACGACAAAACGCCGGUCAAGCCAGCUACUAGCGCAUCUACGCGAAUUAAGCUAGUUGUGUGGGGUAUUUUUUGUGUGUCGCGCUUUGGAUGAGCAUCUUCACUCCUUGUCAGCCACAAAAUGGACCCCCGCGGUACGCCACUUAAAAUUCCAGGUAGUCAUUCCUUCACCUGAUUACGGCAAGGACAACUCCAGCUCCGACGAUGAUGUUCCGCUCUCAGACUUUGUGAUGAGGCAACCAAAAAAGGAGAAGCAGUCCACUGAGGACACGCACAGCUCCAACGCCGAAGACAAGAGCAAUGAUGAGCCACUGAUCAAGCCGAAGGCCAAGAACAAGGAAAAUAGAUCAUCCCCAAUUCAAGUCAAGAAAACAGGGGAUGACAGCUCCGACAACGGUCCUCUGAUGAAAGCCAAAGCAGCAACCAAAGCUGGCAAGAAGUUCACAGCGCCACCCAAGAAAUCUGCUCAGCCAAAGAAGAAAAAAGAUGUUCCAAAUGAGGACGCGAGUUCGGACGACGAGCCUCUGAGCGUAAUCGCCAAGAAGCUGAAGCCGCAGCAGAAAGAAAAUCUGCCCGCGAGCACCUCCGCACAAUCCGCCGAGGCCACCUCCAAAAGAAACGCUGCCAAGAAAAGAGUCAAAUACAGAGAGUCUUCCAACGAGAGCUCGGACGACGACCCGCGGGCAGCCAUCACGAAGAAGAAGGCAAUCACCAGUCUGCCGCAAACGCGCUUCCUGAAAAACGGCAAGAAAACCCGAGCGAAGCGCGCGAGCAGAGCGGAGCAAGAGCCUGCGUCCUCAGACAACGGCUCCGACGAUGACGACGGCAUACCCUUGAACCUCGUGAAGCAGACCAAGCCGGCACAGGACAAGAAAAAAGCAGCAAAAAAGAGUGGCGCGUCUCAAGCCAGCGCUUCGAAAAAGAGGCGAGAAGCAGACCGGUCUGACGACAGCUCGGGCGACGAGCCCCUCAUCAAUCUGGAGAAGAAAUCCCAAGUGGAGAAGAAGGCCAAGCUGAGGAAACAGCCCGCGACUUCCAAGAAGAGGGCAGCGACUACCAAAGCCAGGAAGAAGACGGCAAUGGCAGGCGCCAGUUCAGAUGACGAACCCUCGAUGGAAGCCGUCAAACACCCUCAAGUGACCAAAAUGCUCCGCAUUAGGCUGGAAAGGUGCGAAAUUAAGGAAUCCGCCGCCGCGGGAAGCCAAGCAGAAUGGCAGUUGGUCAAGGAGCCCAGCGAGAAACUAGAAGAGAGUUCCGAGUGAUAGUCGGCAUCAGAAGGGACGAUUCAUGUUCAAACCAGUUUGUUAAAAGAAUCUUUUCGGCAAUAUGCUUCCGAAACAGUGUGUAAUGUUGAGGACAAAAGAAUCCCAAUGUUUUAUAUGUGAACGCAUUGAAGGAGUCGUUUUGUUGGCUCCACUUUGUUUAGUUUGGGACCAAACGCAUUUUAGUUUGGGUCCAAAUGUCAGUUUUGCUUUUAUGUGCACACAAGCGUUUUUUGAAGUGUCAUUUUGACAUUUGUGCCAAUUUUGUUGUUCCCCGAGGGUGAGUUUUAUUGUUUACAACUGGAAAAUGUUGAUGUUGCCCACUAAUAUCUCUUAAGCUUUUUUAUUAUUUUAAAUGGAUGUUCAGCAUGUUUGAGUGAAGCAUAUAUAUUAAAACGUGUUUUGUUUUGUUA